AAAGGUUUGGAAUUGUUUCAGAUCGAGGAACAAACUUGUAACUUUAAGGAGAGAGGUUGCUUGAAUUUUGAUUUGGCAGUUAAAUUUUGGAAUCGGAAAUUUGUUUUUAUAAUUCAUAAAAUUCACACCCCACGUUAAUUCACCCUGAAACCGAAACCGAAAUAUUAGUUUUUAAUUCGCACAAAAAUGUGUGUGUGUUUUGAGUUGGUAUUCUGUGUUAUAUAAAUCUUCAGGAUUCAGAUUGAAGAAGUGGUUCAAUUCUCCCAUUUCCUCGGAAUCUCUUCUUCCUUCUUCCUUCUCUUCUUCCUUCUCUUCUUCUGCCAUGGGUAUUCUCGCUGACAGUGGCUCAGGUCCUCUCAAGUUCUUGAUUUACGGCCGGACCGGCUGGAUUGGCGGUUUGCUUGGCCAGCUCUGUCAACAACAGGGGAUCGAUUUCGUGUAUGGUUCCGGCCGCCUCGAGAACCGCACCUCCCUCGAGGCCGACAUCGCCGCCGUCAAGCCCACCCAUGUCUUCAACGCCGCCGGCGUCACCGGCCGCCCGAAUGUCGACUGGUGCGAAUCGCAUAAGGUUGAGACCAUUAGAACCAAUGUGGUCGGAACCUUGAACUUGGCCGAUGUGUGCCGCGAGAGAGGGUUGAUCUUAAUUAAUUACGCCACUGGCUGCAUUUUCGAGUACGAUUCGGCGCAUCCUCUCAAUUCGGGGAUUGGAUUCAAAGAGGAUGAAAUCCCUAAUUUCAUUGGGUCCUUUUAUUCCAAGACUAAAGCCAUGGUGGAGGAUCUGCUGAAGAACUACGAGAACGUGUGCACAUUGCGCGUUAGGAUGCCGAUAUCCUCCGACUUAUCGAACCCUCGCAACUUCAUCACGAAGAUAACUAGAUAUGAGAAGGUGGUCGACAUCCCGAACUCGAUGACGAUCUUGGAUGAACUCCUGCCGAUAUCGAUCGAAAUGGCAAAAAGAAAUCUCACAGGAAUAUGGAAUUUCACGAAUCCAGGAGUGGUGAGCCACAAUGAGAUCUUGGAGAUGUACAAGCAAUUCAUCGACCCCAAUUUGACAUGGAAGAACUUCAGCCUGGAGGAGCAAGCCAAAGUGAUCGUAGCUCCUCGGAGCAACAACGAGAUGGAUGCGACCAAGUUGAAGACCGAAUUCCCGGAGCUGUUGUCCAUCAAGGACUCCCUGGUCAAGCAUGUCUUCAAGCCAAACCAGAAAACUUCUGCAGCUUAGAAUCAAUCAAUCAAUCAAUCAAUGGUAUUUGGCUUCUCUAUAUAUCUUUCAUUUGGCAUUUGGGUUCUUGAAUUUCAAAUAUUUUCCGUGUUCGUUCCCAUAGGAGGUAGACUUUAAAUUAUGAUCCAUUUUUGAAUCCCAUAUCUACUAGUUUUUUGUUUGUCUGUUUGAUGGUAACACAAUGUUGAAUAAAAGUAGAGUGAAAGAAGAAGAUGUAGCAUUUGUGGUGGUGCUUUAUGA